AAUACUGCCAUUAUAACAGAACUAAAGGCCGACACCUGAUCUGCCGUGUCUCACCGAGGCCUUUUGUGCCAGUAUUUCAUAUCUGAAAUAUCUGCUGGCAUACGCUGCAGACCACAGGGAGUUUGCCAUGGCACUGCGAGGAUGGGGAACAAACAGACCAUCUUUACAUCCCAGCAACUGGACGCAUAUCAGGACUGCACUUAUUUCACCAGAAAAGAAAUUCUGAGACUGUUUCACCGAUACCGUGAUUUGGCUCCCCAGCUCGUGCCGCUGGACUACACCACGGGGCCGGACGUGCGUUUGCCGUACGAGCUCAUUGGCAGCAUGCCGGAGCUGAAGGAUAACCCAUUCAGGCAGAGGAUCGCUGAGGUCUUCUCGGAGGAUGGAGAAGGAAACAUGACUUUGGACGACUUUCUGGACAUGUUUUCAGUGCUCAGUGAAAUGGCCCCGCGGGACCUGAAGGCGUAUUACGCUUUUAAGAUCUACGAUUUCAACAACGAUGACUUCAUCUGUAAAUCCGACCUGGAGAAAACCUUAAACAGACUGACCCGCAACGAGCUGACCGAGGACGAGGUGAGGAUGGUGUGUGAGAAGGUGAUCGACGAAGCUGAUCUGGACAAUGAUGGUCGAUUAUCUCUGGAGGAUUUCCAGCACAUGAUCGUGAGAGCGCCUGAUUUCCUCAGCACCUUUCACAUCAGGAUAUGAAGAUCAUCUGGACACUGACCAAGGACAUUUACUUUCAUAAGACGAUGUAAGAACUUUCUCUGCAGAUUCAGAAGUCAGGAACAGAUGGUGUCGCGGACGGUAAAGUUUAAA